AUGCGAGAAAUCGUACAUUUACAAGCCGGACAGUGUGGAAACCAGAUCGGUGCUAAGUUCUGGGAGGUGAUCUCAGAUGAGCACGGCAUUGACCCCACCGGCUCCUACCAUGGGGACAGCGACCUUCAGCUAGAGAGGAUCAAUGUCUACUACAAUGAAGCAACAGGUGGCAAAUAUGUACCCAGAGCUGUCCUUGUCGACUUGGAGCCCGGCACAAUGGACAGUGUUCGGUCCGGACCAUUUGGUCAGAUAUUCCGACCAGAUAAUUUUGUCUUUGGUCAGUCUGGUGCCGGCAACAACUGGGCAAAAGGGCACUACACAGAAGGCGCUGAACUUGUUGAUUCAGUCUUAGAUGUGGUCAGGAAAGAAGCAGAAGGAUGUGAUUGCUUGCAAGGAUUCCAGCUGACACACUCACUAGGAGGCGGCACUGGCUCGGGCAUGGGCACGCUCUUGAUCAGCAAGAUUCGGGAAGAGUACCCAGAUAGGAUCAUGAACACAUUCUCCGUUGUACCUUCCCCUAAAGUAUCUGACACAGUUGUUGAGCCAUACAACGCCACCCUUUCAGUCCACCAGCUAGUUGAGAACACAGAUGAGACAUACUGCAUUGACAACGAGGCUCUGUACGACAUCUGUUUCCGUACCUUGAAGCUGACCACCCCUACAUAUGGUGACCUCAACCAUUUAGUCAGCGCCACCAUGUCAGGGGUCACCACCUGCCUCAGGUUCCCUGGACAGCUGAAUGCUGACUUGAGGAAACUUGCCGUCAACAUGGUGCCCUUCCCUCGUCUCCACUUUUUCAUGCCAGGGUUUGCCCCACUCACAUCCAGAGGCAGCCAGCAGUACAGAGCUCUGACAGUUCCUGAACUGACUCAGCAGAUGUUUGAUGCCAAGAACAUGAUGGCUGCCUGUGAUCCCCGCCAUGGACGUUAUCUGACAGUGGCUGCCAUUUUCCGUGGUCGUAUGUCUAUGAAGGAAGUGGAUGAGCAGAUGCUGAACGUCCAGAACAAGAACUCAUCGUACUUCGUUGAGUGGAUUCCCAAUAACGUGAAGACAGCUGUCUGUGACAUUCCCCCACGUGGUCUGAAGAUGUCUGCCACAUUCAUUGGUAAUAGCACAGCCAUCCAGGAAUUGUUCAAGCGCAUCUCUGAACAGUUCACAGCUAUGUUCCGUCGCAAAGCUUUCCUCCACUGGUACACCGGUGAGGGCAUGGAUGAGAUGGAGUUCACAGAGGCAGAAUCCAACAUGAACGAUCUGGUCUCUGAAUACCAGCAGUACCAGGAUGCCACUGCCGAGGAUGAAGGUGAAUUUGAAGAGGAGGAAGAGGAGGGCCAGGCACAGUAA